GGGUCUGAAACUGUGGCCAAACGCCGACCCUUUCGUUACGGCCUUGACCUGGGCUUCCGCCACGGGGCCGGGUCAUGUGGCCAACGCAGCUCCACCUCGUACCGCGGCCAAUGAUGACGACACCAGGUCGGAGCGGACAGACCGCGGUGACGUCUCCACUGCGGCAAACUCACUGAAAAUCAAACCGCUACCAUUAGGAGGCCUCCACGCUUAACAUAUCCAUUCUUUCUCGUUUGAACAUAACCAGGCUGCUCCUUCUCCCCAUUUUUUGCCUUCUCGCGGAGGCUCAGAGACUAGCCUUACACAACAUGGCUGCCUGGUGUGUCUGGUGUCCUAGAACGGACGGAAGACUCUACUCAACUUCCGACUUGGACUCCGAAAAUCGGUACGUUAUUUCCGGGGCUGGGUUAAGGCAGCGGUUCCGAGCUGCGACUGCGCAGCCUGGCCUAGCGCGGUCAAAUUACAAUACAUAAAGUUGUCGGGGCGGAGAGGAAGGCGUUACUCUUCUCGGACUGCCGGUUCGCUCGCGAGACUUGAGCGUUGCUAGGAGAUUCGGCAGGCGGGCGGAGCCAGACUCGGCGGGGCGGGGAGGGGCGGGGCCACACUCUGCGAGGCGGGGAGGGGUGGGGCCAGGCUUGGCGGGUGGAGCGUGCUCGCGGUGGGCGGUGGCGGCGGCGGCCUCGCGAAGGUUCCAGAUCCGUCGCGUGCGGGAGGCGGGCCGCGAUCUCGCGCAGGGUCGGUGUGCUCGCGGGCUGCGGCGCCGCGACUCGUGCGAGUGGGCGUCUGCGCUCGGUUUGAGGGCUCCGCGCGGCGUUUCCUGUUCUCUCCUCUGCGCGGCUGCAGCUCGGGCCUUCGGCCUGAUCCAGCCCCCAUGGCCUCAGAAGAGCUACAGAAAGAUCUAGAAGAGGUAAAGGUGUUGCUGGAAAAGGCUACUAGGAAAAGAGUACGUGAUGCCCUUACAGCUGAAAAGUCCAAGAUUGAGACAGAAAUCAAGAACAAGAUGCAACAGAAAUCACAGAAGAAAGCAGAACUUCUUGAUAAUGAAAAACCAGCUGCUGUGGUUGCUCCCAUUACAACGGGCUAUACAGUGAAAAUCAGUAAUUAUGGAUGGGAUCAGUCAGAUAAGUUUGUGAAAAUCUACAUUACCUUGAGUGGAGUGCAUCAGGUUCCCACUGAGAAUGUGCAGGUGCAUUUCACAGAGAGGUCAUUCGAUCUUUUGGUAAAGAAUCUAAAUGGGAAGAGUUACUCCAUGAUUGUCAACAAUCUCUUGAAACCCAUCUCUGUGGAAGGCAGUUCGAAAAAAGUCAAGACUGAUACAGUUCUUAUAUUGUGUAGAAAGAAAAUCGGUACCUGUGCUUGA